AUGCCGAUUAUGACCCAUCGCGAAUUCAUGCUGGCGCUUCAUGAACUUCUCCUGCAAGCCACCGCGGCCGACUUCAUUCAAGAAAAAAAGAAAUCAACUGGUCCGAAUUCAGUGAGGAGUGCAACCCAGUCAACGACCUUCAACGAGAAGCGACACGUCCUUCAAGAAAUAACCAAGUGGAAGCCAACCAAGGCUGGUAGAUCGCGUGCGCGCCAGCGUUAUGGAUGUAAAGUAUGUCAAAUCAGCCGAACUGCUGAGCAAACGCGCGGACGGUCCACCGUCUUCAUCUGUGCGCAAUGUACUGAGGAUGCCAACGGAGGACAAUUGUUCUUAUGUCCCCAAGAGCGUACUCAAUGGAACGGCCAGCACAUGUCGUGCUUUGAGGUGUGGCACAGCCAGUGGCAAUGUGGCCUCCGCCUCCCACCGGCAUUUCGUUGCCGUUUCAUUCGUACAUUCAAGCCAUCGACGAGAUCAUUCGAAACCUCGCAGCGAGAUGAGGACGAAAGUAAGGAUCUCCAUGAAGACGGCGGUGAAGACGACGAAGGAAACGAUGGCGGAGACGAGUGUGCCAAAACCCAGGGACGCGACAGUUGCGAUGAUGUCUACCGUCAAAGCGAGAUCCUCGCAUAUGGUGCAGGAAUUCAAGGAAGUGACGGAGAAAGUGAUGGUACACUCAUCCUUGACAAUAUGAGUGCAACGACUGAUAUACUCGAACCGGACGACCACCCAAGGGCAAUAGUAGUGUAA